UGCGACAGUGGUUUUAGGUUUAAUUCAAAACAGUACUAAACUGAAUUGAUAACGUCGCAUGCGAACACGAUGUGGGGGUCAUGGAGGGUCACGUCUACUUUUCUCCUCUAUAUCCCUUCGGUGGUUUUACCUAGUUUUGCUGUUAUUCUACCAUUUAAACAAAAUAAAACAUAAAAAAUUAAACAAAAAAUUUAAAUAGAAAUUUAAAUUAAAAGUUUUGAAUACUAUUUUAUUAGGUAUAAAAUAAUAUCUUUUCAAAAUUAAUGAUCUUUUUAAUUAACUACACCUUUGUCAAGAAAAUCUAACCUAUUAUAACGUAAAAUUUACAAUUCUUUAUAAAUAAAAAUGAAAAUAAGACAAAAUAUCUAUUUCGAUGGUCCGGAAGUGGAAACGUUACAUUACCCUUAUAUCAGUCAAGUGAAUGUCAUUUUGACAAAUAUAAAGUUAUUUCAUCGUAUCAAGCGAUUAAAAACAAAUUUCGUCCCUGCUAAUACUUAAUAUAGUGCUCGGUAUAGUUUUUGACGUAUAAUUGUGUGACACAUAAAGAUUUUAUUUUUCAUUGAAUAUUUAUUUGUUAAAUAAAAAUCAUAUCAUAUAUAAAUAACCAGUUAGACAGUAUUUAAAAAUGAGUAAACAGAGUGAAUCUACAAAAAAGUCCAAGAUUUAUUUUGUUACAUCAAAGACGAAAAAGUCUAAAGAGCACUGUAGUGAAAAUAUGAUGCGUGCGUACGAUAAAUGCCUUGAAUAUGGUAUAGAACCAGUAUGGAUCAGUAAAAGAAAUUUUACUAAAUUAAAAUUUACGACAUCUGAUAUCCUUGUGGUGGAAAAUCGUGAACAAAUUCCAUUGAAAAAAUUAGUAACAGCUGAAUGUUACAUAAUUGAACCAGAACAUUUGCCAUCUUUUUUUAGUGCAACACCAGGUAGAAGAAGUCUAAUGCAUACAACAGUCAUGGCAAAUCUUUGUAUAUGUACAUGUUCUCAUUUAUGUUUAGAAGAUAAGAGAUACAUACAAGCAUUAGUGACAAAGAUGAGUGGAAAUUUUGCAAUAGAGUUAUGUGAUAAAGUAACACAUCUUGUAACAUCAUCUCUUUUCUCUGCUGAAUAUGAGAAGGCGAUACAUAUGAAAAUACCAAUAGUUACAAAAGAAUGGGUUGAAGCAAUAUGGGAAGCGAGUAAGACAGAUUAUGUUGAUCCAGAUGACAAGAGGUUUGAUAAAUAUAAAGUUCCUAUGUUCUAUAAUUUAGUUGUAACAGCAACAAAUAUUCAGGAAUGUGAAAAGGAAGACAUUUCACGUUUAAUUAGAAAUAAUGGAGGAGUGUAUAUGGAUACUUUGAAUGUAGACAGAGUUAAUAUAGUACUUACACCAGAAAAUAGUCCAAUAAAUCAGAAGCUCAAAUAUGCAAGAGAAGCAGAUAUUAUUUGUUUAACACUAAAUUGGCUAUAUCAAAGUAUAGAAGUUGGCCAUGCUUUGCCUUUUAGGUACUAUAUAUUUCAAACAGUAAAACAAUGUUAUUCUUCAAGAAGAUCAAAUGUACAUGAAACUUGUAGUUGUUCUACAACAAGUUUCAUAACAUAUGACAAACAGCGCAGCAAUUAUAUAGAUGAAACCGCAUUUAAAAUCUCAACAAUGAGCAAUGUUUCUACUGGUUAGUAUUAAAAAAUGCAUGAAAGUAACUUACAGCAAAGAUAAAUUUUAUUUUAAAUUUAUUCCAACUUCUCCGUUUCUAAAGUUACUACAGUUUUGGCUAGACCUAUGUUUAAUGAAGCAGAAGCGGCUGGUCCAUUUUUAUUUGGUUGCAUUAUUUACCUAGCUGGAUUUACUUCUUAUCAAAGGAAUAAACUUAACAGAAUAUUGCAUGUAGGUAGUGCAAUGCGAUUUGAUUAUAUAUGUGACAUUAUAACACACGUUAUUGUCGGGGACGAAGAUAGCGCAGCUAGUGAACUAAAAUUAUUGAAAUCAAGAGGAUUAUGUCCAUAUAUAUUGAAACUGGAGUGGUUGGAAGAGAGUAUUAGAUUAAAACGGACCGCGCCAGUAGAAUAUUUCUUAUACAAACAAGAAGAUAGUGCAAUCCAAAAGAAUUUACAAUUGCUGCAAGAAAGGAUGCCAGAACAAAGGGAAGAAUUAUUUAAUCUCGGUCAACAGGAACUACAAAAUAUGAUUGGUAGUAUCUGUAAAUAAUUGCUUACACUUUUUAUGAAAGAAAUUGAAUGUACAUCUUACUUUUUGCUAGCUUCAGCAACUGAUGAAAACGUGCAAGAAUAUGUAGAUUCGUAUAUACCUGUUUUGUCUCAAACGCCAGAAAGUCUUGAGUAUUCAAUGCUACCUGGAACAGAUAAUAGUGGUAUUAUUAAUAAUAGACUAUUUGAAGGUCUGACAUUUGCCGUAUCUGCCUACUGUAACACGUAUAAUAAUGUGGUUGAAAGUAUAGUAGCAAUGAAUGGAAGUGUAGUUCCAGGUACGUUCGUUACGAUUCCAGAUUAUGGUAUUGUGCCAAAAUGUGGUAUGCCUUUAAAUUGUACAGUGAAAGAAAUUGUUACCGAUUUGUUUAUUGAAGACUGUGUAAAUCAGGAUCGAAUAGUUGAAAUUAUGUAUUAUCAUAGACCUGUAUCUGUAGCAAAGCAUGUAUUAGUAGGUUGUGUUCUUACAAUCAGCACAUAUCUAAGAGUUGAACGAUCGUAUCUUGUAACAUUAGCUAUGGAAUUGGGAGCAAUGUAUCAAAAUGUUUUCGCUCGUGAAAUGAUUAUUGACAGAGAUCUAUAUAAAAACACACAUUUAAUUUGUCCAAUACCAAAGGGGAGGAAGUAUGACGCUGCAGUAAGGUGGAAAAUACCAGUUGUUACCGCAGAAUGGUUAAAAGUCUGUGCGGCUCAAUCAACAUGGGUUGACGAAACGCCAUUUCUUGUCGUGGAAAGUUUGGUCCCGUCUAAAGGCCCAGAAAGACCGAUGGAAUUCGACUUUAGUUUACCUCAAACUAUCACAAAUCAAAUAGUUCUUUCUACUGAACCAGUAGCCAGUAGUUCAAGAAGCCACAACAUUAUUGUUCCAAAAGAAUAUUUUCCAAAUUUACAAAUUCAAAAUAAUAAUUUCGAUGACAUGUUGUUACUAAAUAAUGAACUCAGCUUACCUAUGAACACAACUUCUAAACCAUCAGAAACACUAUGUAGUCAAGUGUUUGAACCCAUUCCUUCACUAGAGACAGAAAGAUCUCGGUUGGAAGAGAUUAGUUAUUCCUCAAAUUUAAUAAAAGAAGAACCUCCUUUGAGUGGGCCAUUUACUAGAGUUCUCUCAAUAAUUACAAAAAGCUGGCAGGAAAAAAGUGAAAAGUUACCAGAGAAUCAUAAUGCAGACGAGACAUUAUCUGCAGUAGCAAACGAUGGUUUCAACUGAUAGAAAUUAGAAGACACAGAUGACAAUGGUAAAACUGACAAAUGGAAUUAAUGUGUAAGUUAAAAGAAAGUUUUAGAUAAGCAAAGUAUGUGAAAUAUGCAAAUAUUCAUAAAGACCUAAGAACAGUAAUUGACUGUACUUCCAAAAUUAUUAUAAUAGUAUCAUUGUAUUUAUAUACAAAUGAAGAUUAUACAUCGUACAAUUGUUUCUAUAUUCAAUAUAUAAAAAUUAUUAGCUUCUAUAAUACUAAAAGCAGUAGUAAGUUAAUUAUUGCACCUCCAAUUUAAUUGUAAAAUCAAAAGAAGUACUGGCUCUAUAAUUUGAAACAUGGUCGAAAAAAUAAACGUUUUACUAUAACUGUAUUUGAAUAGGAAUUUGUGGUAUAAUUUAGGAAGCACGAUGGAGGUACACACUGACUAUGUUUUUUCUUAUGAAAGUGUUUUUUAUGCACAAUAAAGAUUCUACAUCUCUAAUA